AUGGAUCUCCGAUGGAGUCGCUGUCAACCCUCGAGCCCGCGUGUUGCUGCCCUUGAACCAGUCCUCGCCUCCGUGUUUCAGCAUUUGGCUGCUCAAACCACUCCUGCCUCCCCUUCUCCCUUCCUCUUUCUCUCUCUUCCCUCUGUCUUCUCUUCUUUCUCUUUCCUCUCUUGUUCGACUCUUCGUCUUUGCCAGCGCCUCCUGUUCCUCAGGGCUCCUUCACUCUUUUGGUGCCCUUGUGGAUCAACGGCCAGUGUGACGAGGGGCACGCUGAUUGCAUUGGGAUUUCUGUCCACCCGUCUUUUGCUUAACUCUCUGCCUUUGCGACAAUCCUGCUGCCUGCCUUGA